UCUCUCAGUGCAGGACCUUCUCCUAUGGUGAAGAGUGUUCACCUCCGGUAUCUGGGAUUGUGUGUGAAUCUUUCAUGUGGAGAGAUGGCGCUGUGGGCCCUAGCAGGGGCGAUUUUGUCUCUCUCCAUCCAUCCCUCUCCCUGCAGUAGCAGCAUCAGCAGCAGCACCUGUGACACCGCCUGCUCUUUCACCUCUAAGACCCUCAUCAACAACGUGGUCCAGGACCCCACCACCGGCCGCGUCUACGUGGGUGCGGUCAACUCCGUCUACCAGCUGGAUGCCAACCUGUCCCUGGAGCAUCAGCUUGAGACUGGUCCGCGCAUGGACAACCCCUACUGCACUCCACCUGUCACACCAUCAAUGUGCCACGACCCCAAGGACACAAACAACCACAACAAGCUGCUGCUGGUGAACUCGGCUAACGGCAGCCUGGUGGUGUGUGGGAGUGUGUUCCACGGCAUCUGCUCGCUGGUCAAUCUCACUAAUGUGGAACAGCUGCUCUACUACAGUGACCGUAAAGGGGAGAAGUCCUACGUGGCCAGUACAGAGGAGAGUGUGAAUGUCGUCGCGGUAUUGUCCUCCAUCGUUAUCAGCCCCCACAUCCAUAGUGUCUUCCUAGUCGCCAAGGGUUACGGCCCAGUCGAUGGCUCCGAGUUGAUUAGCACGCGCAUGCUCGAAGAGUUCCUCGAGUUUGAGAUGUUCGAGAACAUCGUGGAUGCCUUCACAGUGAAGGCGAGCUCCUUCGCACAGCGCUACCUGCACGACUUCCGCCACGCCUUCAAGGACAACGGCUUCGUCUACUUCCUGUUCUCACGCGCCACCGAUAUGGGCAACAAGGCCAGGGUCACAUUCGUGGCACGCCUUUGCGAGAAUGACAACCACUACUACUCUUACACAGAGCUGCAGCUCAACUGUGGCCGCUCCAACCGCUACAACAAGAUCCAGUCGGCAUAUGUGGCGCCAGCCGGCGUGGAGCUGGCCCACGACCUGACUGCCGCCGGCGAGCACGGAACGGUGGAGCCCAAUGACCUGGUGGUGUACGCCGUCUUCAGCUCGGACGAGGACCCGGCAGGAUACUCCGCGCUAUGCAUGUACCCGCUGGCCAGUGUGAACCGGGCGCUGAAGAGGAUCAACAGUGCAUGCUACAACAACAUGGGCCUCAUCAACGGCAAGGGCGCUGUCUACGUGCCAUACUUCACCCUGGUGUCCAACUUAUGCAGUUCCUCGGUUUUACAUGACAGGGACCUGACGGAGACCUUCAAGUGCAGCGCAGAGUUCCUCCCAUCCCCGCUGGCAGGCACGCCCGAGUUUGCCCUCUCUGCCUCCGAAGCCCACACCAGCUCUGAUCUCCUCACCGCUGUGGCCGUGGCCGUGGAAACCAAACAUACGGUGGCGUUCCUGGGCACCAAAGGAGGCGAAGUACUCAAGGUGCACCUGACCAGUAGCCCCUACUUCUACGGGAGAGUAUCAGGGGACAACACGGGGGAGAAGAUCAACAAGAACCUGUUCUUCGACCUCAAGAAAGACCACCUCUACAUCACCUCCGAGAAGAUGAUCACCAUGGCACCAGUGCAGGCAUGCCACCUUCAGACGGACUGCCAGUCCUGCAUGGCGCUCAGGGACCCCUACUGCGGGUGGUGUGUCCUCGAGGGCAGGUGUACGAGGAGGUUGGAGUGUGUGAGCGCAAAGAAGGAGGACGCCUGGCUCUGGAGUCCCCAGCAAAAGUGUGUGACCAUCCAAAAGUUCAACAUCAGCUGUGAGAAGCCACAAGAUCUGAUGAUCGAGAUCUCGGACCUCCCUUCGAUCGAUGCACUUUAUCAUCCAAUAUGCAUGUUUGGGCUGUUGGAGAGGAAGGCUGUUGUCAAUGGGACAGUGGUCAUCUGUAGCCUGACAGAGGUGAACUGGAUCCCUCCCUCAUCUAAGACUCAAGAUUUUGUGGCAGUGAGGUUCCUGUUGACGUCUCGUCGUGAUGGCCGUAAGGUGGAGGUGGCGGUCAGUGAGUUUCAGUUCUACCACACCACCGUAGUGAAGAAUACAGAACACACACCGUGCUGGGCGUGUGUCAACAGUCAGCGGAGUUGUCAGUGGAACACCAUGGACCACACAUGCAGUGACAGCGACAAUACUAUAGGUGGCGCUCAUAUCAUCAAACACAAGGAGGGAGAGAGCUGCCCUCGGUUUGAGAAUCCUCAACCCUUGUUCAUCCCUGUGGGCAUCAAGACUCCCAUCACCUUCCAGGGCAAGAAGCUGGAUGUCUACUCAGGCAAAAGCGUCAAGAUUGGCACUGACCUCAUGAACCAGGAGGAGGAAGUGGUCAUCCAGAAAGCAGGGUCAAAGUUCAACUUCAGUGGAUAUGAGUUUUCCUUUGACAAAUCCCAAGAGGUGAAUGUAACGUUCCACAUCAAGGACAUGGCAACUGAGAAGAAGAUCGACAGCACCCUGCAAGUGGUGCUGUAUAACUGCUCAGUUGGUUGUGAGGAUUGCAUCGAGUGUCAGAAUGUCAACAAGAUGUACGGCUGUGUGUGGUGCCCCACCACCCACUCCUGCAUCUACAAGGACCUCUGUCCAGAGGAGGAACAGCGGUGCCCAGUGCACACAUACUGUCUUGCACAACCUGACUGGGACCCAUGACCAGAGGGUGCUUGUUGGGUAGAUGAAAUGGAAAUCAGAACCAUAGACCUCUGAAGUUCGCCUACAAAAAGGAUCCAAAGCUGCCAUCUUUGCCCAUAUAAGGAGAUCUGGGUGUUAAUUGAAGCUAACUGCCUAUGGCAAGUUGCAUGGUAAGUUAGCUCUGGGGUAGCAAAGAUCAAAGUGUGCCGUCUUCACCUACCGAAGAUCACAGUAUCCACUAGACGGCAGUGGACAAAACUGUGUAGUGAAAAACGUCUGCAUUUCCAAUGUCAUCGUCCCCGCGAGAGUUUAACAGGUGCGAUAAUUGAAAAUCCCAUAGUUAUUUUCCCAUAGAAAAAAUCUCAAGAUACCGGAUCUCCUUAUUUGGGCAAAGAUGGUGGCUUUUUUGUAGGCGAACUUCUGAGGUCUAUUGUGGAGCAGGGUACCAGUUACCAUGGUAAUUAGUUCUGGCCAGGGCACUGUGAAUUCCACUCGAAAUGUCCAGCGAUGUGAUUUGUGAAAAAGAAAAGUUAUGUUUUUUGACAGUUGCCAGUGUAUUUUUUAUUUUUUUGCUUGAUUCUUACAGAUGGUACGGGUUGAGAAUGCUCCUUUCUUUCCCGCACAUCGGGACUCCCGAAGCAUCGGGACUGUAAUUAAAACUGCAACCGCAAGGGGGCAACAUAAGACCGCCCUAAUAAAAUGAAGGUUCGGCUCAUACCGGAAAACACGGAAAAACCCGAAGACACCGCGCUGGUGACAAGCGGAGAAAAGAGACAUCACGCUCGGCAUGUCAGAUUGCAGUUUCAGAGUUUUCGAAUGUUUUACAGCCUAUCUCACAGCUGGCUCUCUCACUCGACGUAGCC